AUGAGAGUGUCGGUCGUACGCAAGAAUUCCUUGCCUACCCGAAGGCUCGAGUGGGUCUAUUCUUCUGUAGCGAUAACAGGUGUUUAGCAUGGGCGUCGCUGGAUGGGAAAGGGGAGGCGCGGGGCGUGGUAUGUGCGGAUCGUCACGUCGUUUGGGACGUGAAGUAUGACUUCCCUCUGAAGGGGGAAAUGAACAAGUCGUGUGUCUGCUGUAAUGUCGCUUUGAUUACACAGACAUAACGUGCCGGGCUUUCACAUUGGAGGUACUGUCUUCUGGGGACAUUACGCACAUUGGCAUCUGGACUCUGUGACUAUCAUUUCGUGUGGUAUCACUGGUAUAUCAUAAGACUGCCAUUCAUGUGAUCUACUACUUCGGUAUUUCAAUACACCCUUUUCGUUUACUUUGGUGUAGUGAAGGAUUACCAACAUUCUGAUAUCAUUGGAUUACCAUUGGACUAUCAUUUCGCCUGGGACCAGAGGGAUGUUUUAGGAAGUCGCAUCUAUUCGAGUGAAAGUACCUUGUUUUGAACGCCCCAUUCUGAAACGUUGUAAUCGUGUGUUUUUUCUUUGACAAUCUCUAGAUCAGCCAGAGAGGGGGAGGUGAUGGGUACCUGAGUCACGCCCAACUCUUAGGGAAGAGAAAAGAAAUGAAGCCCAAGGCUUGGAGCAACGAGGCCACUAGGAAACUCACACAGGGACAAAGUGUGUAUGUGAAAGAUGCUGUGGAGGCUUGGAUCCCUGCUGUUGUGGUGGAAGAGGCAGACAGUAGGUUGACAGUCACUGUGCAGUUGGCAGAUGAUUCUAUUGUUAUGAGAAAGUCAAGUGAAGUGCUCGCCAGGUCUGAAGAAACAGAGUUGUUCAUAUGUUCAAGUCUGACGGAACUCAAUCCAGUGAAUGAAGCUUCAGCUCUAGACUGUCUUCACCAAAGGUUUUCACAGGACAUUUUCUACACGGCUGCUGGCACCACCAUAGUCGCAGUAAAUCCAUUUAAAGAUGUACACCAUCUAUACAAUCAACAUAAAAUACAAGAUUACCACAGGCCCUUGCAGACUCUGGAUCCCCAUAUCUUCAUGAUUGGUGAGAAGGCCUAUGCUCACAUGUUGAGAGAGAUGGGCAAUAUCAAUCAAAGUAUUGUGGUCAGUGGGGAAAGUGGAGCAGGAAAGACAGUGUCAGCAAAACAUUUACUCAAAUAUCUGACUAUUGUAUCCAGUCCAGAGAAUGAAAUCAAGUAUGUACAGUUACACUUGGAGUGUUCCAUACCAGCCAGUGUUAUUGAAAGACGAGUCUUAGACUCAAAUCCAAUUUUAGAAUCUUUUGGCAACGCUGCCACUCCUAGAAAUGAAAACAGUUCAAGAUUUGGUAAAUUCAUACAACUUCAGUUUCAUCGAAAUGGCUAUAUUCUUGGUGGUGUUAUACAAACUUACCUUUUGGAAAAGACUCGUGUUGUUCACCAAGGUCCUGGGGAGAACAACUUUCAUAUCUUUUACCAGUUAAUGAGUUUAGGUGACAUCGAUCAAGUCCCCUCUUGGCUUGUUGCUGUCAGAGCAGAAGUUCAACAUUCAGGAUUAGAUUGUACAGUUCCACAACAAGCUGAGACUCUGUCAGUGCUUCAGACAGUUGAAGCUAUGAGUGACAUUGGGGUGUCCACAAGUCAGCAAGUGUCUAUUUUUAAGAUUCUCCUUGCCAUUCUACACUUAUCUACCAUGAAGUUCAUCUCAAUCAAAGAUGGAGAAGCAUGCACUUUCUCUGACACUGAAGAUACUGACCAAUUUGUUUAUGUGUCUUCUCGUACUAAAGAGGAAUGCUGUCGCCUGCUUGGAAUCUCUGCACUAAGCCUCCACCAUGCUUUGUUGAAUCGUAAGAUUGUCACUGGUACAAAGGCUCACCAGAGUGUUUAUGUCAAACCAGUGACAGUCGCAGAGGCUCAGAGCCGAAGAGACAGCCUGGCCAUGCUGCUGUACUCUAGAAUAUUUGAUUGGUUGGUCAAUUUUAUUAAUACUCAAAUUAAAGCUGAUACCUUUGAUCAUUGCAUUAAUCUCUUAGAUAUUUAUGGUUUUGAGACUUUUGAGAUCAACAAUCUGGAGCAGCUGUGCAUCAAUUAUGCCAAUGAAAGGUUACAGCAACAUUAUGUGACUCACUUUCUCAGAGAUUUACAGACUGAGUAUGAACUAGAACAAAUCACCUGGACUCCCAUCGAGUACAAAGACAACAAAACUUGUGUGGAGACAUUACAUGGUCCUUCAGGCGUCUUUGGUAUUCUCAAUGAGGAGGUGACCUUAAACCGUGCCUCUGAUGACAGUAUUCUCUGUGGUCGUAUCAUUACUGGAUGUGGUGCGAAGGGUGUGGUCAGGAAGCAUGGAGCGGGCACCUUUGAGACAAAGUUUAUUGUGCGCCACUACGCUGGUGACGUGGUCUACUCUGUGGAGAAGGCUGUGAAAAAAAAUAAGGACAACAUACCGCCAGAACUUAUAGCUCUUGUGGCAACCAGUGAAGACAGUUUCCUGCAAGACCUCUUCACGAAUGAUGAGUUUUCCUACACAGAGCAGUCCCUCACUCCCACCAAGACUAAAAAGAAAAUUACUGUGCUCACUAAAUUUAAGAGUUCGCUGGAUAGAUUGAUGCAAAGCCUAGAAAGAUCUGAUGUCCAUUUCAUUCGAUGCAUCAAGCCCAAUACAAACAACAGGCCUGGUGUGUUUGACAGGACAUAUGUCCUUCAGCAACUCGAAGCUUGUGGGACACUGGAGACGGUCAACAUCUGUCGUCUUGGUUAUCCUGCCAGGAUGGAUUACAAAGACUUUAUCCAACGCUAUGGAUUCCUGGCUCGUCUCAGCAAUGCCUAUGUUGUAAAGAAGUUUACUACAGAAGCAUCAAUAAACAAUAACUGUGUUGGAACUGAGGCAGAGCAAGAUGAGUUCUUUCAAAAAGUGGAAUCACAAAUGUCUCAUUUUGACCUACCAUUUCUAAAUUCUGGACACAAGAGACUUAAGAAGAUAUCUGUUCCCAGCACAGACCAGAGCUACAGACAAUGUGCCACAGUACUGGUCUGCAUAUUUCCAUUAGAAGAAUUACACAAUGCCCACGCACAAUUUGGAAAACACAAAAUUUUUCUAACCCAGACUCAGAUGGACCACUUAGAGCAUACCAGAGCCAGCAUCAUAGCUCUGCUGAUAGCCAGGGUACAGGCAUCUUGGAGAGCAUUUUCCCUUCAGCGUUCAUUCUGUCGGUACAAAGUGGCAGCCCUAAAAAUACAGGCUGCUUGGCGCAGGCACUCUGCUCAAGUCCACUUUUGUGAAGUGAAGUUGGGCUCCAUCAAGAUUCAGAGAGCCUGGCGUGGCUACAAGUUGCGCUGUGCAGUGAAAACAUUAGUAAAGUUGUCCCAUGUUUUGAAAAGAUCUUUGAUUUACUGGACUAGGAGACACAGAUUUAAGACAGCUCUUCAAAAAUUGCAUAUACAAAAAUUGAAAGAAAUCUCCAGUCAGGCUGCAUUGUCUCAAGAAUUAAACACUUCAGAGUUAACAGUUUUACCAGAUUUGAACUUAAAAGAAAGCCAUGAAAAGGCUCGCACAUCAAAAAAACUUAAAGAUCAGAUAGACCACAACAUGGUUGAAGAUUUCUCUGAUACUGGUAGUGUAUGCUCUGAUGAUUCUGGCGUGAUGAUUCGAGACGAUCUCCAGUCACUGGCUGGGGACCCUGCAAUAGAAUCUCCUCCUAUGAAGAAACAUUUCACUUUGAGGAGGGACUUGAGAAUUGGGAAUGGCAUCAUUACAUGUCGAUGCCUGACAAAACCUGGUUUUCGUUUCCAUGCACGAAGAAGUGUUUUAAAAUAUGGCCAUUUUGUGGGAUACCCUGAUGUUACCUUGGGACUGUUGGAUAUCUUGCAAGAUGAUUUGGAAUAAUGGAUGAAUAAACUUUCCGAAGCUGCCCAAAGUGUUUGUACAUAAAGCAUAUUUGUGAUAGGACUAGACUGCCAUGACAGAAUUUUGAGUGUAUGAAAGACCUUGCUAAUUGGACUAGUUUUGUGCUUGACUUGAUCCCAUGUAGUUACUAGUUGUGAUGAACUUAGGACUAAUGCACACAGGAGUUAAGUAGAUAGUGUACUUGUAAGACUUCAUUGCGAUUGAGAAUAAUCUGUUUUGUAUUUAAUCAAGAACCUGUGAUUAUUUUAAAGAUCUGUCCAUUUUUUCCUGUUUGAAGUUUCAUUUCCAACUGACUUGACAUAAUUAUGACAUUGUAUGAUGUGCAUUGUUAAGAAAUAAAUCUAGCUGUUUGUUGGAGUUAUGACUUGAGAAGCUGUGUAAUACCCUAACAUCAGAACCAUGUACUUACUGAUAUUGAAAGAUAUUAAUAUGACAUUAUUAUUUAUGAAACGUCUCCAGACCAUGAAUGUCUACUGCUACUGACUGAUUGAUAUAGAGUUCAAUGCAUUAUUGACUUAUAGCUUUUGACUUAAAGUUGAAUACAUUCGUUUCAAAAGGUUGACAGCUAUUGACAUAGAGUUGAAUGCAUUAAUUUCAGAAGGUUGACAGCUAUUGACAUAGAGUUGAAUACAUUAGUUUCAAAAGGUUGACAGCUAUUGACAUAGAGUUGAAUACAUUAGUUUCAAAAGGUUGACAGCUAUUGACCUAGAGUGCAGGUCAAAGUCUCUCUCAAGUACCAACAUUUCUUUUUGGUUGUUAUGUACUGCUGCAAUGAUUUUGUACAUUAGAUUUUUGUAUUUAUAUUCAAUACAAUGAAUUUCAUUUAUUUACACAAACUUGUGAACUGCAAGAGUUGUUUCCCAUGAAAGAUGAUGUGUUCAUUUUAAAUUCCCUCUCAUUCAAACAAAGUCAAGUCUCGACUAACUCCCAGGCUGGGGAAACUAAAUCUGACCCUGAUAGCAAACUACAUCUGAUGGUGUUAAUGUUCAGUAAGAACAAGAUGACAUAGAUGGAACAAAACAAUUUAAAUAGUUUUUUUUUCUUCAUAUUUUGGUUUUCUUAUAAUGAUUUAUUGAAUAUUAUAAUAUUUAACUUGGAAUUUUUUCCUUUUUUUUUUUAUUUAAUUGGAUUGGAUUUGAAAUAGACAGAUCUUUGAAUAAGAUGAAAAUAUGUGGAGAAAAUAGAAUAGAAUUUCUUUUAACUUUAUUCAAUUGAGAAUCAAACUUUAUAUGUAUAAUUAUAUAUAAAAUUAUUUAUACACAUUCUUGUAGCUAGUGGUAAAGUAGCGAUUAAAAAAAAAAAAGUUCUAGCUCUGCAUUCAUUUGUCCAAAGUUUCCAAUGCAAAGUUUUCCAGAAUGACAGCAUUCCUAUUCAUGAUGACACAGAUAUCUAUGUUGUGAUGUAUGACUGUUAUCUGUUUUAAAAUCAGUUCAACCAGAAGGAUUAAGAAGCCAGACAUAUAGCAUUUUAUUAAAAAGCAAAAAGAGUUGCUAGACAUACUCCUAAAAAGAUAAACACCAGACCUCACAAUAACUUCUCUGCCGGUGGUUCCUUCUGAGGCAUAGGCCACCAACCAACCCCCAUAGACAUCUCGGCUGGAGGUGAUUGUCUUGGUGCUUCAGUCUGUAGGCUUUCCACAUCACUGGCAUCAUAUUGUCCCAGGUCUGCGGUAUCUGUUGAUUUGCUGCUUGGUGUUUUAUUAGCUGGUGGUUUUUCAACAGUGUAGCUAGCUCUACCCCCAGGCUUUCUCCUUUUUCAGUCAGGCUUGGCACCAUCCUUGGCAGAGUUUCACAAUGACAAAAAAUUGUAUGUUUUUUUUUCCAUAUCAUUUUUGUUUUAAAACUUAACAAUUGUCUCCCAUUUCUAUUGAGUUGUGUACAGCUUGAAUGUGGAAUGAAUCUUUCAUUCCUAUAGUGUUGUGACCAUACCAGAAGCUAUAGCCCACAUACCUGCUGCAAUGAUGAAGAUGUGUUCUUUUUGAAUUACCUCCCAUAGAUCAAAUCUUGUUUCCUGCUGAAAGCUCCAUCAUUCCUCAAUGAUCAUGUCUUUCUGUUGUUUAGGUCUAAAGUAAGAUGACCUUUGUUGUUUGUAAAUAAUGUAAAAAAACAACUACAACUAACAAACUGUCUAUAUUUAUAUCUACCUAAUAUUUGGACAUAUAUAAGCAAGUAUCAUGCUGUUUGAUGAAAUGAAGAGAAAUAUUCAAAACUAAAACUAAGACAAGCUUUGA